AUGGUUCGCUUGAGCUCCGUGCUGGUGGGCGCCGUUACCGCGCUCAGCAGCUUCACCAAUGCAGCCUCCGUCGUCACCGACCUGAUCCCCAGCAACUUCGACAAGGUCGUUCUUCAGUCCGGCAAGCCCGCACUAGUCGAAUUCUUCGCCCCCUGGUGCGGUCACUGCAAGACCCUUGCUCCCAUCUACGAGGAGCUUGCCCAGGUUUUCGCCCACGCCGAGAACAAGGUUACUGUCGGCAAGGUUGAUGCCGAUGAGCACCGCGAGCUAGGCAAGCGCUUCGGCGUUCAGGGUUUCCCCACCUUGAAGUGGUUCGAUGGCAAGAGUGACAAGCCGGAGGAGUACAAGGGUGGUCGUGAUCUGGAGAGCUUGUCCGCCUGGAUUACGGACAAGACUGGCAUCAAGCCCCGUGGCGCGCAGAAGGAGGCAAGCAAGGUUGAGUUCCUGAACGACGCUACCUUCAAGACUACCGUUGGCGGCGAGAAGGACGUUCUGGUCGCAUUUACUGCGCCGUGGUGUGGCCACUGCAAGACCCUCGCUCCGAUCUGGGAAUCCCUCGCCAUUGACUUCGCCCUCGAGGAGAACGUUGUGGUUGCCAAGGUCGACGCCGAAGCUGAGAAUGCCCGCACCCUCGCUAAGGAGCAGGGCAUCACAGGAUACCCUACCAUCAAGUUCUUCCCCAGGGGAACUACCGAGCCAGAGCCCUACGCCAGCGCCCGUUCCGAGGAGGCUCUCGUUGAGUUCCUGAACCAGAAGGCCGGCACCAACCGCGCCGUUGGCGGUGGUCUGAACCAGAAGGCCGGCACCAUCGCCGCUCUGGACAGCCUCGUUGCUGAAUACGUGCCCACUCACAAGUUCGAGAAGCUGGCCGCCGAGAUCAAGAAGGCUGCCAAGGAUGCCCAGGACAAGUAUGCCAAGUACUAUGUUAAGGUUGCCGAUAAGUUGAGUCAGAACCAGGAGUACGCUGUCAAGGAGCUGGCGCGUCUCUCCAAGGUCCUGGGCAAGGGUGCCUCUGCCCCCGAGAAAGUCGACGAUAUGGUCUCUCGCAGCAACAUCCUCCGCGGCUUUGCCGGCGAGAAGGAGGAGGCUGGCAAGGACGAGCUGUAA